AGAGAAAAAUCCAAGAUGGCAGGAGACGGCGACCGAGAGAUGGUCCUCGCAAACUUUCAGGUAAAUCGCUAAUUUUUCCAUAUUUCUUCUACCUCUUCCUAAGUGCGAGUUCCUCUUAUAUUUUCUCAACAGAGUAUAACGGGAAUCGAGAAUUUGGAUGAAUGUAUUACACUCCUGGACCAUCACAAUUGGGACUUGACGGUUUGUGAUUAUUUCCCUCGAGUUUUUUUUGAGAUGUCCGUUGUCUCUUGUUUUAUUGGCUCUGAUUCGUCUAUUUUACUGUGUAACGAUUUUAGGCAUGUGUGAAUUCAGUCCUAGCCGACGAGACGGAUUCGCCUUUACGGUUUGUGUUGUUUAUAUGCUUUAUAUCAUGUCAUGUCUUAUAUAGUAAUAAAGAAAUUCAGCUUAAUUAAAUGAUGUGGUUUGAAUCUAGAUAUUUCCCGAAUGGGAAUUGUACGCAAUCCUAGAUUUUCUUCUAAACAAUCUGUCAUAAUCACAUUCGAUAUUCCUUUUAUAGAUCCUAGACCUUCUAUAGAUGGCAAAAUUGCUUUCGUGUUACUUUUGAUCGACUGAAUCUCUAAGCGCGUGAUUCGUAGAAAGUUUAAUAAAUGAUAAUUUACAUGUAGACAAUGUUACAUGGAUCAAUUAUUUUAAUGAAAGAGUUAAUUAUUACCGUGACUUGUCACAAAAUACCGAACGUGAACAUGAAGGCAGUUUUGUAAGACUGCAGAGAAAUUGUAAAGUUAUUCAAUCAUCCUUCUAAUUAUUCCUUUGCAAAUGUUGCUGAAAAGUAUUCAAAGAAAAAUCCCCAGUGACUAUCAAUAAUAUUUUUCUCAUAUCUACAAUUCCUCAUAAUGGGGAAAUAAUUGCUGACUAAUUUCAGGGCAUGUGGCCUCUUUUCUUGACCAAGAGAAUGUCAUCCAUAUCAAAUAAACUCCUUACCAAGUUCUAAAUCACUCUAAAUCAAGUUGAGUUUCUUUAACAAGAAUGCAGAAAAAUUACCUUGGUAUUAAACUUACAAAUCUCUUCAGAAUGAAGACCUUUUUGAUAAUUUUAUUAGGUGGUGCAGACAUCUUGACAUUGCUGCAGACCAACAGUACAUUUUCUUAGGAUUACCCCUGCAUGCUUGAUAGUAGUGGAAUACACGAUAAGCAAUGUAGAGAAACCUUAAUUUCAUUUCAAUGUCUCUCUUUUUUCUUCCUUCGUUUUGAUAAACUCUCCUUGCUCUCAUGGUGUCAGCCUUGUGUGGAUAAUAAUAGCAUUUACAUAGAGAUGAUUGAUAGUCCUAUAAUUGGCGACAAAAAUGUUAACAAAGUGAACUCGUUAACCUGCUAUCACUUCAAUUUUAUCUCUAUUGACCUUGUUAAGUCAACCUAUCUGCCCCCUCCCCCCUAAACAAUGUUUUAUCAUGAUUCCAUGAACCUUUAGCUACGUAAAGGUAACAAUGAAUGGGUAGGGGGGACGGAGGGUCUUGUCAAUUAUUUAGAGUGUGGUAGAAACAAGAGUAUUAUUCUCCAGAUAAAUAGUACCCUUCAAAUAUUAUGUGUCAACUAAUUUUGAUGCUUAUUGUAGGUUCACCCAAUUUACUGUCUUUUUAUUACAAUCUGUAUAAUAUACAUCAUUAGUUUGUGAAAAUGAUGUUUAAAUGUAAGCUCUUUCUUAGACCACUUUACUCCAAGAAAGGCUCAAUAAAGAGCUCUAGAUGAAGGGCUUUUGACAAAGCAACAACCUUACAACUUUAGAAAGAGUUUAUUCUUUAAAUGUCAUGUUUUUACAAUCCACCAUGGGGCUUAACUUCAGCAUUUAUGUCUAGCUGAUUACUAACCAUUCUUUUUUCACUCCUGUCACAUUGACAAUCUUGAGGCACUUGCUAAUUUUUUUUAUACUCUCCUACACCAUUUAGCAUGCCAGAGGCUCCUGUACCCGAUGCUGCUUGGGUUACAGACCAGUUUUCAGGUGGUUCUACGAUAUCAUCAGUUUCUGUUGGGGAGGUUAUUGGAAAUGCAAUCCCUUUACAGCCAUCCUCAAGAAGAAUAAAGUUUCUGAUUGAGUGGAAAGAAAGAACUAUUCCAAUUGUGUUAGAUGAGACUGAAACUAUAGGUACAGUUGAUGUUGUUGUUGAAGUAUUAAACCCUUGAACUCCCAUGAGUGACUAUGACAGGAAUUCUCCCUAAAAUUUCAAUACAAUAUCAAGCAGACAAGUGAUGAAAGUUAAGAAAAAUAACAGUUAAGAAUGACUAGUUGAUCAAAUACCAAAUUCUUCAAACUUAUAAGAGAAUUGUAUGGCAGACAGUAAGGAGAAUUACUAACGAGAUCUUGGGAGUGAAGAUUUUAACCCACCAUCUUAAGUGACCAGCAUGUAACUUCACCUCACAAGAUUCAAUGGAGGCAGAAGGGAGAAUUUAUGAUUGCAGAAUCUGAUGUUGGAAUUGACCCUCUAACUCCUUAAAGUGAUCGACUUGUAACUUCUCCUUAUCCAGCAAUUAGGUAAUUAGAAUACUCAAACCUAUCAGGUAGAAGUUCUUACCUUGAUCUAACACUAAAUUCUUGUGACUAAUUCACAAGGAAAUGUAUAGCAGCCAGAGAGGAGAAUUAACAAUCAGAUCUUGGGAGUUAAGGGGUUAAGGAUUAAUCCCAAAACAGUUUUAAAUCCUGUGGUGUAAUGACUAGUUUAUAAUCCUUGGUUAAUCUUCCAUCUCUUCAUAAGAACCUCACAGAUGGCAUCUAUUCCUGCCUGUACUUGUGACUCAAAGUGUAUUUUAUUUGUCUCUUUAAUUCAGGUACAAUCAAACGAAUGCUAGAGAUGCAGAUUGGUUUACCAAUGGACCAACAAAGUCUUUUAGGUUGGCCACACCAUCUGCAGAUAAGUGAUGAGGUAAGGUUUAUACCAGUGUUAAAAUACACAAAGAUGGUUUUUUUUCUUUCAAAUUUACAUGUAGUUAAAAGACAAGUUACAAACUUAAGUUGUAAUCACCACUUGCUCAGCAGGUAUGUUUCAUCAGCCCUUAGUCAAUACCAGGCUUUUGUGGAACAUUCUCGCUAUAUUUACCCUUUACACCCUUAUAUCAGUAUGCAUAUUCUCCUUACAGUUCAUCAUACAUUUUUUAAGGUGCUGACAAGGAGAAUUUGUUUAACAAUCAAGAGCUUCUUUAGUUAGUGAUCAUUUCCUUUAUUCUCAUGACCUUAAUGUUUGUUUUAGGGCUAAUACUGAUAGGGGAAAAUAGUUACUAAUCACUCCUAGGGGUUAAAGUGUUAACCAGCUUUAUUGCAUGUAUGAGGUUCUCAAGCAAGGUGGUAGUGAUUGCCUUGAGCUGUUUUACAGUUGUCAUUUUCCUACACCCUACACUACUUAACCCUUUCCCCACCCUGACAGUUCUAAUCUGUGCUGAUGGGUGCCUGGAAUGGUAACUUAUGGCUGGAUGGCAGGGAAACCAAUGAUGUAAAUUUUAUCAGGGUCUGAUUGAACACAGUGAGAACCCCUGGAAACCCUAGGCAUGUACCUUCCACUUACAUGUAAGCAAGGUGGUUGGUUAACAGCCAAGAGUUACUCCCAAUUAAUUUAGACUAUAACAAGUAGAACCUUCCUAAACCCCUCCAAUGUAUUUCAUGCACUGCUUUUGAUAGUAUAAUAUUCCUCACUGGUUGUUCUUGAAUCUCUCCUCUGUAGAGUGUGCUGAGUACUUUAAACUUAAGAGAGGAGACAGCCCUGGUUUUGAUGAGCUGUGUGGUGACAGAGACACCUAAAGAAAGUCAACCAUGCUCUUUCAAAAGAAGUAUGAAUGGUGAAACUAGGUAAUGAUAUCAAAUCAUCAGGGCCCAGUUGUAUAAAGGAUGGAUAACGCUAUCCAACAGAUAAAUCUCUAUUGAGUGGAUAAGUGAUUGCAAAACAUACUGCACUAUCCACUGGUUAGAGAUUUGUCUAGGGGAUAGGGUCAUCCAAGCUUCAAACAACUGGGGCUAGAUGAAUAUUUUCUGGGUAUAAUAAUAAAUGAACUCAAUUCUUACUCUUUAGGCUUCAAAGAGCACCAAUUGCCAAAUGUUGAACUUUAACCCUUUAACUCCCAGAAGUGAUUAACAUAAAACUUCUCCCUACAAUAUCCAUACAUUAUUCAGCAAACAGGUAAUGAGAAUAUUCAAACUUAUCAGGUAGAAGCUGUUAUCUUGAUCUAGCACCAAGUUCUCAUAACUAAUUUACAAGCAAAUGUGUAGUAGCCACUGGGGAGAAUUAACAAUCAGAUCUUGGAAGUUACAGGGUUAAUGCAACAGAUUUUCAGUUUUGCAAAUGGUUCAGAAAUAUGAUUCGGUAUGAUUGGGUCAAAAGUGUUUUUGGUCAAAAUAAAGUCUUGAAAAUCUUGUUCAAUUUCUGGUACUGCAUCAUAAGUUUGUUCAAAUAUCCACCAUUGCAUGGAAGAGUUGGUGACAAAAAUUUUUAAAUGCAGGUAUUCAGUAGACAGUAUACUUUGUUGGAGAACUUCAUGAUUGUAAUCUUCGUGCAACUUUUGAUGAUUAUAGCAUAGAAAGCUUUUUGUAGACUUACACCCAUCCUGAUUUAUUCUAAACAGUAUGCCUAAGUUACCAGGGACUGUUCUGAAGCACAUUUUUAAAUAAAAUUAGAGCUUAGGACUUCAUCAAUCAUGAAACAGAUUUCCUCUUUUGCUCCAGCUCAUCCUCAAGAAGCUGUAACUCACUGGAAAAGAUCAUGUUAAACAUUCAGUUUGGAAGUAGCGAAUUCAACUUACCUUAUGCUUUAACAAAGACUAUAGGAGAGGUAAGUUACAAUAUGCAUAUACAAGUUAAUUAUCAUGAUUUGACACAUCCCACCCAACAUGCGCAAUCUUGUAGCAAACUAUGAUGAAAGUUGACAUGUGCAAAGCCACACAGGUUGAUGCAAGCCAGUUCAGAGAAAAACAAAAUUUUUGAAAGUUUGGCUCUCAGUUCAUAAGUUAUGACCAAGAGCCAAAUAUUUUCCUAUCCAGUCUUCCCAAUAAAUACUUAAUAUUUUAAUAUAUAUCAAGUUUAUACAUGUUCCUAGAACUCUAGAGCACUCAUGAAUGUUUUUAGUUUUUUUGUCAUAAGUAUCAAAUUUUCAACUUGUUUAAUAAUGACAUUUUAUGAUGCUUUUGUGUUUUUAAGGUUAAGGCUGAUAUUCUCUCACUGUCUGGUGUUCCAUGUAGACAUCAGUGUUGGUCAGGUUGGCCUGAUGGUGUCACUGAUGAAGUAUGUAUACUUAAUUAACACUGCAUUGUAUCAGUUCUUGACUCUUGGUGACCUAGCAGAAGGUCUUUUCACUGAAUUAUUAUCAUCAGAGGUUGAUUGCACAUAGUCCCUUCCCCUGCAGCUUCUUGUGUGUCUGAUCUACAGGUAGUUAGUGUUUUGAGUAGAAUUGGCUCAUGAAAUUGUGUGAUACAGAGGUUGAUACCCCUUUUAAUUUUUUUUCUCCAGUGACAGUACUUGAUUUAAAUUUGAACCUGAUUGGCAGAAAAGAUUGUGCAGUUUUACAGGACCCAGCACUCAGGGAACUAAAGCACAAACAAACCAAUCCUGGAUUACUUUAAUUUGUCACACAAUUGAAAAUUGCUCUGUAGUGACAUUGUGUUUCUAUCAUAACAACUAGGAAUUCUUGAUUGAUAUUGUCAUUUCAGAUGAGCCUUGCAGAAGCAAAUUUGUCAUUUCCUGUGCACAGCUUAAGAAUGAAUAAUGGAAGGGAGGAUGGUCCUUCCAAAGUCAGAGAGGUAAUUACAAUUAUUAUCGUUGAUUAUUAACCUUUUGUUCUCAAGAUCUUGUUAGUAAUUAUCCUUUUCCUGUACUUUCUGCUCUACAAUUCUAAUACUAUAGCGUAAAGGGUUUUCCCGAUGAUAAACCUAAACAAUGUGUUUUUACCCAAAAGGAUAAGGGUAAGUCUGUCCAAGAAUUAACCCUUUAACUCCCAAGAUCUCAUUAGUAAUUAUCCUUACUAUCUGCCAUACAGUUUUUGUGAUGUUAGUUUGGAUAAUUUGGGAUUGGAUCAACUUAUAAUCCCCUAAUUGAUAUUUUUCUUUAUUCUCAUCACUUGUCUGCCUGAUAUUGAUACUGUAAGGAGAAAUUCUUUUUUGAUCCCUCAUGGCAGUUAAAAGGUUAAUGAAAUGAUUAUUUUCCUCAGACUAGAAAACCUAAACAAAAACAUGCAGACGUUGAUAUGGAUGGGAAUGACAGCAGUGACAAUGAAGAUCCUUCUUUUCACGUUGAUGACGAUGACGACAUGUUUUGUGAUAUUCCAACAUCUAGAAGACAAAUUAGUACGAUGUGUAAGUAAAUGGUGUUCACAUAGUUGUUUCUUUUCCUAAACACAAACAUUUGACCAGCAGAUGUACAUGUACUGGUAAGGUCCAAAGCACAUAUGAAGUAAGGUUUACCUUUCGAGCAUGCUGUAUAGGAAAAAACCUUUGAAUUUCUUAUUGUUUCAAGAUGGGGAGUGUUUUUUUCUUUUUCACUUGACUGUGCUGGUCCUAUUUUAGCAAAACCCUUGAACCCUCAAGACUGACCAGCAUUUAAUUUCUCCUUACAAAAUUACCCAUGAAUCAUGCAUGAAGGUCACAAGAAUAAAGGAAAUUAUCACCAACUAGAGAAGCUCUUGAUUAUUAAACAAAUUCUCCUUGUCAGCACCAUAAGAAAUGUAUAGAGAAUACAUGUUUGCAUGCUUAUGUUAGGAUGGAGGGGCUAAGUUAUCUCAUAAGAUGAUUGAUAACUUUGUUAUUAUCUCUUUUUUUAAGUGAAAGAAAACUGUACAGACACUGCUGAAAAUUUAGUUAAGUUUACAGCUCAGUUUGAAGAAAGGUAAAAUUUCCUUUCCUAUCAAUAAUUUUUGUGUACACCAGUAAUUUGAGGUAAAUCACGCAGAUACUUGCUCUGAGUCAAUGUGUUGCAUGGAACUGACUCAGAGUCCUAAGAAGCAUCUUUCAUCUGAAAUCUCAGUAGGUUUAAAAGGAAAAUAUUCAGACAAGUUUCAGAGACAAAAGUUUUUUCCAAGUUGGAAAAAACUGUUACUUAAACCUCACUAUUACCCCUAGUAAUGCACCACCAAUAAUGGCAGAAUAAUUUUAACAAGAUCGUCUAGAAAUAAGGCUAUUCACAAGGUUUUUACAAGUCCUGGAAAACCUGGAAAGUCGUGGAAUUUUAUUUUGACAUUUUCCAGCAUUGUUAAGUCCUGGAAAUAGACUACAGGUCCUGGAAAGUCCUGGAAAUCUGCCUAACUCAAGCAGUUUCUGAAUUUAAGAAAUGUUUGUCGACUGUCAGGAGUAUUGAGUUUGAUAUUGUGGGAAUGAAAAGGGUUAAAUUUUGAGUCCUGGAAAAAAAAUCAAUCUGAGUUCUGGAAAAGUCCUUGAAAUUUGUUUCUGAAAAAGGGUAUAAACCUUGCAUUCAUUGCAGGAUGGAGGAUGGAAGUGUUAUAUAUAAUAGUAGCAACAUCUUUCAAAAAUCAAUUUAAGUGCUGGUUUGACAAAUUUCCAAGCUUGCAAACAUAAGACAAGAUGGCACACUUUGUGACCUAUAUGGUAACCACUUAUGAUCCAGAUCUUUAUCUUAGAUAACACCUUUCUAUUUUUCACCUGUGUAUAUCACAGUGCCAACUUUCCAGUAUGGCUUUUUGUGGUGUUACUAACUGACCAGUUAGUAACACUUUAAUGCCUAAAAUCUAAUUGUUAACUCUCCCCUCAAGCUAUUACACAUUUCCUUGUAAAUUAGUUAUAAGAACUUGGUGGUAGAUCAAGAUGGCAGCUUUUACCUGAUAAGUUUGAAUAUUCUCAUUACCUGUUUGCUGAAUAAUUUAUGGAUAUUAUAGGGAGAAGUUACAUGUUAAUCACUUCUGGAAUUUAAAGGGUUAAGUUGAGUUACACUUCAACAAUAUUUUGAAAGUUGUCUUGUUGUUUUAUCAGGUAUGGUGAAAUACAUCCUCAUUUUUACAUGGGUCCACUUACUGAAGCUAUACAGGAAGCUGGUGGAGCCUCAGCUAAAGAGGUAUGUACUAGUAAGGCUAGCUGGAAUUGUCUCUAACCGAGAAAUGUGAAAACUUUGCUUUGUAGACAAAAGAGGUAGGAAUAAACCAGGAAAGAAGUAAGGAUGUUUAACGGAAGCAAAGGUUGACUUGAUUUCAAGUAGUGAAUUUUUGAAAAUUCAGGCUAAAAUUUGCAAGAUGCACAACUUGUUUCGUAGUUACUGUAUCUUUUAAUCUUCCUUUGUAUUUGUAUAAAAUGAGUUCUGUGGAUUUGUUUUUUGCUAUUGUUGUUUUGGUAUGGAUUUUUGCUUAAUUUGAAUGGUUAUGGUCCUUUUUUUUUUAGAGGAGACCGUUACUUCUUUAUUUACAUCACGAUGGUAGCAUCUUAACAAAUGUAUUUUGUAGGUGAGUACUGCUACUGAUCCUCGAUUGUCGAUACUCGAUUCUCGACAGUUUCGAGUAUCGAGGAUCGAGUUUCGAGUCGAGAAUGUGAACUUCAUUUUGAGCUUUAAGUAUUGUAUUGUAUAUUGAACUCCUCUCAACGUGUAAAGGGGUUAAGUUUUUAAAGAAACUGUGGUGCUGCGGCGGUGGAGAGUAUAACAGGUAAUUUGGUGUUAACAACUGAGUUGAAAACGUAAAUUGGCCACCGUAAAGAGUUUAAAGGCUGACGUUUCGAGCGUUAGCCCUUCGUCAGAGCGAUCUCAGAACAGAUCCCCUUGACGUGGUAGAUUCUCUUCACUGAUCACCACACUAUGCCUCGCAUUUCAAAGUAAUUCUCGAGUGCGUGUUGAAAAAAAUAUAUAUUUUUGCUUUUCUUUGCCCUGUUAUUGGUCUGGAAAAGUCGCGUCAUGCUCUGAGCCAAUCCGAUGAAAAUCUUAAAUCACCCUUGAAUUGGACACUCAAUUCCCUGCGCAUGAAGCUGGUUAAAUCGUUUGAAAGCACUCGGUUGUUGAGAGUGCUACUUACAAGACUGGCUUGAUUUUAAAUGCACAUCGACUUUUUUUUUCUCGUCUUUCAGCCAGUUGAUAUGCUCAGACACUAUUGUGAACUACAUCAGUGGUAAUUUUGUCGUGUGGGCCUGGGACAUGACUCAUGAUACAAACAGAACAAGGUGGGUAUACAAAACAGAGUCAUUUCAGAAAACUUGUGUAGACUUUUGUCACAAUCGUGCAACAAAGAGAAAAUCUGGGUUCUCUAUAUAGCUUUGCUCCCAAGACCAUCUGAUUUUUCCGUCCAAUGCUCUACUAACUAAGCCACAAAGUACUCCUUUGUGAGCGAAGCCAUAUGCGAGAUUCAUAUGUUUCUGGGUCUGUGAUUCUUUCUUGAGUCAUUCAUCAUUGUAAUCGAAGCUAGCGUUUUUUGGCGCUCAAUUGUUUGACUUUGGUUUGCGACACCUUUUAUUGUUCAACCAAACCCUCUACUGCUUAAGUAGUGUUCAUUACUGCGAAGAUUGCAUUCAAAUUCACUUGUUAAACGGCAGUUCAUAUAUAUGAUUUUCGUAUAUUUACAGGCAUUGAUUCAUUAAUUUACGGGUUUAUUAGAAACCAACGUAAUAACCAGCUCUUAGCUUGCUUGUUAGCUCAAUUGAUAGAGCACUGCACUAGUAUCUUAGAGGUCAUGGGUUCAAAUCCCGUACAGGCCUUAUUUUCACUACUGCUUAAGUAAUGUCCAUUACCAAGUUACUAAAUUUUACAUCUUUACUUGAACUUGGACUGUUCAUGAAAACCUAGAAAAUCUUAGGAUUUAAGAGUUUCAUUUUCCAGGUCUUGCUGUUUUUGUAUGUUUCCUGUAAGGUCUAAAGAUAGAUGCUGUUCCCAUAUUUGGAAAAAAAAAAAGAUUUUAAAACAGUAAAAGAGAGGACUGUUUUCACGUUUUAUUGUGUAAAGGCACUCCAAAAUUCUCCGAUGCGUGAUUAAAAAGCUGAUCAACACUUAAAUAGUUUAAGUUGCUGCAACGUCUACAGACAAAGAUUUAAUUACGUUACUAUUACCGAAAAAUGUGAAAAACAGAAAUCAAAAAUCAUCGUCAGCCUGAAUUAGUUUGAUCGCUUUUUGAGCAAUCGUUGGAGUCCAAGAAGAGGUCAUGCAAAGUCCAAGUCGUAAGCAGCUAAAGCGCAGACCCUAUUUUAAACCGCUCUUCUUUACUUUUUGAGCUCAAAACAAAAGUAUUUCCUUCAUUUUGAUGCAGAUUCUUGGACAUGGUGACGCAGCACUUUGGUAGUGUGGCCGCUAGCACUGUCAGGGGGUUUGGGGCCGAGCAGUAUCCUCUUCUUCUAGUUGCUAUGAAAAACAGAUCAGCGAUGGAGAUUUGUUCAGUUCUUCAAGGUACAAACUAGUGCUGUUUUUGUUGAUUUAAAUGUGAGAGCGGUAAUGAGGGCUUGCCUGCGUUUCGUGAAUUGGUUAGUCCCAAACUGAGCAGAAAUGUUUUUUUUUACUGUUAGGACUAAGUGUUUAAGAUCUGAUACGGUCUACGUUAAGAUUUGCCUUGCAUUGUUUAUAAUUACCACUUGCCAACCGAGCUCAUGCUCCUCAAUGUUAGUUCGAACCUAAGCGCUUGGUUCAUAAAUCGACGGUGACAAAACAAGGAUCCGUAACUUAUAUUACGGGCUGUCCAAUAGGACAGGUGUGAGAAUAUAUUUGUAAUAUCUCUGCUGUGUGUCUGACAGGUUUUCAGAAGGAUUUCUUGUCACGCAGAGUUCAUUUGAAAUGGUAGUUUAUUCGAUAGCACGUUUUAACACACAAUUUAGAUAAUCAAAAUAUUUUUAACUGAAACUUGUUCUGUAAAGUUAUAAACGAUUGACAACAAAUAGCGGGCGAUUUUGACAAAAGAGAUAUCUUUAAAUUUUGGCGGGUCGCACAGCAGAGUAUGGCAUGCAAAAUCGACCAAUCAGAGCGUGCGGAGUACUAACGAGAUAUACCACUAAUUCUGUUAAAUCAAUUCUUCGGUCUACAAUGUUGUUUAUAAACAGUCACACUAAUCGUUUCGCAAUAGGUACUGUUACCCUUGACGAGCUCAUGACAGGUUUAAUUAGCGCACACGAGACAUUCCAACAAGCCAUGGACGUUGAAAUUAGGGAAGAGGUAAAUAAAGGAAUAGUAAUUUGGCGUAACAAAGGUUUUCUCCUAUGGACCGAAGAAGCAUCCUUAUAUUCCACUCACAAGGAGAGGAUGAAAUGAAAAUAGAACUACUGGGAAGUUGAAAGCUGUGUGAAUAGUUAAAAUUGCAUGGUUAAAGUAGGCGUGAAGUUUCGCUAGAUAUUAGUUCUUGACUCGUACUUGCACAGUAUUGUCUUAUAACCAAAUGGCGAUCUAGGUCUGGAGUGUAGGGGAGGGGAGGGUCAGUAGCCUGGGCUGUCAGUUCGUAGAACUCCAGAUCGAAUGAUUUUGCCUUGCGCGAUGGCCGAGGUUCAUGUCCUGUACUCUAAAGCAGGUUACGUUGUCGAGUGCGUCUACCGUGAAUGAAAUAAUGUACGGUUUUUCAUCAUUUGAUUUCUAGGGUAGUAACAAGGUUUAAUUUUCUGCUUCAUGAUACUUUUUAGGAAGAAAGGGAAGCGAGGGAAUUGGUAAAGAGAGAACAGGAUGAAGCAUACCAGGCCUCGCUCCGUCAAGACAGAGCUAAGGUGUGCGACUCUUUUCUUGUUAUUGUUGUACUAGUUGCACAGUGCAGAAUUUUAUUGCUGACAUUUAUUUCUUUACUGAAAAGAAGACUUUAUCGGAACAUUAACUGAUAUGAGUAAGCAAGUGUUGUGUACGAAACUUAAACAAUUUUAACCCCUUUGACCUUUUCCUCUACUUUCGGACGGAAAAUACUUCCCCAUUCCCCCUCCCCCUGGGUUGACUGCCUAAUUAUUUCCUGCAAAUUUUUCUCUCAGGCGGAAGAGAAAAAAAGGCAAGAAGAGGAGGAAAUGCUGUCGAAAAAACUGCACGAAGAACAAGCGCUUCACGAAGCGCAGCUGAAAGAGGUAUACAAGAACAAUCUACGCAGUGGUGAAGCUCAUUUAUCUAAGAUAAGAAAGUAUGGUCUACUCAAGGCUCGAUUUCCGCUGUUUUCUCGAGUUUGGUCCUCGAUCAUCCCAACGGGGAACUUCGGGGGAGGGGCGCGGGUUCAUUUUUCGAACAGCGGAUAGUAAUCGAGCUUCCUCUCGUUUUUUGCCUUUUAAGGGCGAUUCAAGCUUAAGGAGAAUGUUAAACUUUAGUUGCCUUCAGUAGGAAAACACAAAAGAGAAAAAUCUAAACCACGAAAGAACAAUGAUGGCGAAGAGUGGAGAAAAGUAUAAAGGAUUUCCAGCGAAAAACUUGAAAAAUUUCGGCCAAACUUUUUAUGAUGCGCCAACAUUUCCAUCGCUCCUUUACCAGACCCCUUUAUAAUGGGGCUUCAAAUGGGAAAACUUAAAUUAGUACCCGUGGUUUCGUCAACUGUCUCCUAUGAAAGAGGCCUAUUUCAAGCUGUGACCUUGAUCUUCGAUUCUAGGCUCAACGGUUGUCUCUGAUGGAUCACCUUCCUGCAGAGCCUGGGUCUGAAUGUACAGCUCCAGUUUCCAAUCUCCGAUUUAGGCUGCCUAAUGGUGAUACUGUGACACGAAGAUUCCUGGCCAGCAAUCCACUCCAGGUUUGAUGUGUACUGAUUUUCGCUUAACAUUAAACACAAGCUUGUAUUCUUGAUUAUUGAUGUUGUGACUACAACAAAUCACCUUGUCUUCAUUGGACCUCGUUCUGAGGGAGAGACCUAAAAGUUGCCUUAACCCUUAAAUCCCUAAGAAUGACCAGCAUCUAAUUUCUCCCAACAAUAUCACCCCCAAAUCACACGUCAGAAGCUCUUCAUCUUAGGAAAUAUGUAGAUAACAGUUGGAAGAAUAUGCAUACAGAUAUUGGAAUCUAAAGGUUAAUUAACUUUUUCUCAUUCAAUGAAAACGUUUUACUUAUUACGUGUUUCAAUUUCAUCAUAGGUUGUGUUAACGUUUGUACAGACAAGAGGUUUCCUAGACAGUGAAUAUAAAGUAGUGACAAAUUUUCCACGGAGAGAUGUGAGUACAUAUAACUAUUUAACCCCUAAGAGUGACUAGUAUCCAAUUUUUCCAUACAUUAUUACCCCUGAAUCAAACAUUAAGGUCAUGAGAAUAAGUGAAAUGAUCGCAAACUCAAAAAGCUCUUGAUUGAUAGAAAAAUUCUCCUCGUAAGUAUCAUGGAAAAUGUUUAGAGAUCAGUGUGGAGAAUAUGCAUACUGAUGUUAGGGUACAAAGGGUUAAGAAAAGGGGAAAAAAUCUUUCUUUCCAACCUGCUCGUGCUAAUCAAAGCUCUUCUUUUCUUUCUUUCUUUUCAUUUUCUUUCACAGCUGUCGGCUCUGGAUACAACAGAAUCACUACAAUCCAUUGGACUUUAUCCUCAAGAGACAAUUUUUGUUGAAGAGCGCUAGUCAUCUUGUUAUAUACCUGAAAAAGAAAUGUAAUAUAGAGAGUUAAAGAAGUGGGAUGUCUGAGGCCCUAAAUGUUGGGUAACCUGUUCUUGACGUCUGAGCCUGAGGAAACCAGGAACUCGAAGCAAGGAAUAAGAACAAAGGAAAGAAAAACACCAAUAAUUUCGAACUAGGUCUCCAUUCUUCAGAACAAUGAAGCCCAAAAGGAUUGAAAGGUCAAGAUGACAGGGUCGUGAUUACUUCAUGAACAAUCAUGUCAAAUUGAAUAUACAUGCCUUGGACUAAUAAGCUUUAUGGUCACAGGAGGAAAGUUUUGCGUCGAAAUUGUUCGCUUAUAUUUUCAAAUUUUUAAAUUAAAUUAUAUUUAAUUGAUAGAAAAAGAUAUUUUUGUGGUUCGGUGUCUGUAUAAAGCUACUUGUGGGGAAUUGUUAAGUGUACUUUAAAAAAAAAGGGCCCUAGAGCAAUUUUCAAUAGAGUACUGCAAGUGGUUUUGGGUUGCUUUAAUUUUGUUCUACUUCGCUCUGUGAUUGGUUCAGAAAACUCGCGCCUUUCUCUCAACCAAUCAGAUGCAAAACUAAGCAAGCUUUCGCCAAGUAGCCUAAUUAUUUCUCUUUGAUGCAACUUUUCAAAAAGCAAAACACUUUUUCUGAUAGGGUAAAAUUGUUCUCAUUUCUUUUGCUCUUACCAUCUUUUUAAAUGGUUUCAUGCUAAUAAAGGAGGGCU